AAAGAACGAAAAUGGACGAAAAAUUGGAGACGAUGGUCCUGGUGAGGGACGCGGUGAAGACCUACAGGGCGAGGAGAGUGCUAACAUCUCUCAGCUUAUCAGUUAAGAAGCAAUCACUCUAUGGUCUCCUUGGUCCAAGUAGUUGCGGUAAGACAACCCUACUCAAUUGCAUAUUGGCUGUCAAGCAACUGGAUUCUGGCUUCAUCAACUUGAAAGUCAGGUGCAGCAAAGAAAUAGGAUACAUGCCACAGGAAUUAGCUCUAUUUGAAAAUUUCACAAUGAAAGAAACCUUUCAUUUUUAUGGAAAUUUUUUCGGGAUGGAAGUGAAAAAAAUAAACAAACGAAUGUAUGAGCUUGUAGAGUUCUUAGGACUUCCAGAGUGUGCCGCUCGCCCCAUCUUCACAUUUAGCGGCGGUCAGAAAAGAAGAGUAUCUUUCGCAGUGGCUUUGUUCCACGAUCCGACUUUGUUGAUUUUGGAUGAGCCUACAGUCGGAAUGGACUGCGUCCUAUCAGAAAGGAUUUGGAGCUACUUGCUAAAACUGACAACUGAGGGGAAAACUAUUAUCAUCACUACUCAUUACAUUCAAGAAGCCAAAAACUGUGAUAUGAUAGGGCUUAUGAGGCACGGCCAACUCUUGGUAGAGAAAUCUCCAGGUCAGCUGAUGGCUUUUCACCAAUCCACCAACCUUGAAGAAAUCUUCUUAGAUGUUUGUAAAAAACAAGAUGGUCUUCAAGAUGCUAUUGAUUUACGAGAUAAAAUUUUGCAAGAAAAGAAAAAAAGUUCAAAAGCAUCAUAUAGGCUGUUCCCUGACAACAAUUGGUUUGAUACAUACCGAUUCAUGGCGUUAUUAAAUAAAAAUGUUUUAUGGUUGAGGCGAAAUAAGUUAGCAGCUAGUGGAACCGCAAUCCUGCCUCUAAUUAUAGUUUUUUUGUACGGAAUGGUGAUGGGAAAGGACCCCAAGAGUCUAAAGAUUGCACUACUUUCUCAAGAAAUUUCAUAUGAUGGUGAUCUUGGAAUUUGUAAUGGUUUACCCGACAGCUACUUUGAAACACUUAAUUGUACAUUACCAAGCCUCUUCACCUGCCCGUUCAUAGAUGAACUACAUAAAAGGGAUAUAAAUAUUGUUCUUUAUAAAGACUACAGUUACAUAGCCAGGGAUAUAGCCAGCAAUAAAGUGUGGGGCUCCAUCGAAGUGCCCCAAAAUUUUACUACCGCUCUCAUAAAUAGAAUAGAAAACGGGUUACGGACUGAAGAUAGAAUAGUCGAAGAUGGGAUACUAACAAGUAGAAUUGAUGGAACAAAUGCAAUAAUAAAAAUCAUUUUGACCAAUCACCUUAAGGAAAGCGUGGAACGUUUUUACAAUAAUCUUCUCCUUUCUUGUGGCAUGUCAGAAAAGGCUAGGAUAAUACCAAUGCAGUAUAAUGAUCCAUUAUUUGGCCUAAAAGAAUCAGCAUUUGACCAAAGUGCAUUGCCAGGAUUCCUCAGUGCGUUUGCUUUUUACUUCACGCUGAUUUACACAACAAGCGCCAUUAUGAUGGAAAAAGUUUUAGGCUUAUUAGAUAGAAACACAGCAGCAGGAAUGACUUAUUUUGAGAUUGUCGGUGCUCAUUUAGUUGUUCAAUUUGUCAUCAUGCUAAUGCAAAAUACAAUAAUGUUGGUUGUCUUCUAUAUCAUAUUUGGCUACAACUUUGAAGGAAGUGUAGCACUAGCUAUGUUUAUUAUAGUCACAGUAAACUGCGUGGGAAUCAGCUUUGCCUUUUUGCUAACUGAAAUAUUUGACAAGGAGCUUUCAACAGCGUAUGCAUCAAUAGGUGCUACUGUCACUGUCUUCAUGACCGGAGGUAUCAUCUGGCCUCAGGAAGGAAUGCACUAUAUGCUGGCGGCGCUCUCGAACAUCAUUCCCGUCGCCCCGGUCACUAAAGGUCUCAUUAGUAUCAUAGCAAGGAACUAUGCCAUAACACAUCCCUCCAUCUUAGUGGGUCUUUUUUCUAAUUUAAUAUGGACUAUAGUUUUUACAAUUUUAGCAUAUAUUGUACAUAGGAUAAAUAAAGUUAUGUAAUUUAA